UAAAGGCUGAUGUGCUGCUUGUACUUUGCUGAUGACAGAAGGGAUAGCAUAUGGAACAAGCCAAUCAGUCCUCCCUGGUGAUGGGGUUCAUUCUCCUGGGACUCUCUGACCACCCAAAGCUGGAGAAGACAUUCUUUGUGCUCAUCCUGUUCAUGUACCUGGUGGUCCUGCUGGGCAAUGGCGUCCUCAUCCUGGUGACCAUCCUCGACUCCCACUUGCACACACCCAUGUACUUCUUCCUGGGGAAUCUCUCCUUCCUGGACAUCUGCUACACAAGCUUCUCAGUCCCUCUGGUCCUGGACGGUCUCCUGACCCCCAGGGAAACCAUCUCCUUCUCAGCCUGUAUUGUGCAGAUGGCGCUCUCCUUUGCCACAGCAGGGACAGAGUGCCUGCUCCUGGGAAUGAUGGCAUUUGAUCGCUACAUAGCCAUCUGCAACCCCCUUAGGUACUCUGUGGUCAUGCACAAGGCUGCCUAUGUGUCCAUGGCCAUCAGCUCCUGGGCUAUUGGUGGUGCUGCUUCUGUGGUACACACAUCCUUGGCAAUUCAGCUGCCCUUCUGUGGGGACAAUGUCAUCAACCACUUCACCUGUGAGAUCCUGGCUGUCCUGAAGUUGGCCUGUGCUGACAUCUCCAUCAAUGUGAUCAGCCUGGGGGUGACAAAUGUGAUCUUCCUGGGGACCCCAGUCCUGUUCAUCUCUUUGUCCUAUGUUUUCAUCAUUGUCACCAUCCUGAGGAUCCCCUCAGCUGAGGGGAGAAAAAAGGCCUUCUCCACCUGCUCUGCCCACCUCACUGUGGUGAUCAUCUUCUAUGGGACCAUCAUCUUCAUGUAUGGGAAGCCCAAAUCUAAGGACUCCUUAGGGGCUGAAAAACAGGAUCUUUCAGAUAAACUCAUCCCCCUCUUCUACGGGUUGGUGAUUCCCGUGCUCAACCCCAUCAUCUACAGCCUGAGGAACAAGGAUGUGAAGGCCGCUGUGAGGAACCUCAUGAGUCCUAAACGCUUCGUGAAGUGAUGGUGGAGGCGUCCUCUGUGGUCAC